AACUAGUAACCAGACAUCAGCCUAAGAUGAAAGAAUGUCUCAUUAUCAUUUUAUCAAAUGCUGCUGUUUCCAGCUAUGUAACGUUUUUCGAUCCCAUGACAUGGAAAUUGACCAGUGCUUGCUGGAAUCUCUCCCUCUUGGCCAGCGGCAGCGGUUGGUGAAGCGUAUGCGGUGUGAUCAAAUAAAAGCGUACUAUGAGUGGGAAAAGGCUUUUCUGAAGCAGGAAGGCUACGCCAAGAAAUCUAAACGUAGAAGGAAGCACAGAGUUCAUUUCAGCCCCUCGGACAUGAUCCAGGAUGCUGUUGUAUGCCAUGAUGAUAAAGAAGUUCUGCAGUUACUGAAAGAUGGUGUUGAUCCUCACGUAAUGAAUUCGUCAGGAAGUUCUUUACUUCAUCUGUGUGCCCGUUAUGACAAUAUAUUCGCAGCAGAAAUACUGAUCGAAAGAGGAGUUAAUGUCAAUCAUCAAGAUGAGGAUUUUUGGACACCGCUGCAUGUGGCUUGUGCAUGUGAUAACCCUGACGUUGUUCUGCUCUUGUUGUUGGCUGGUGCUAACGUGCUGCUGCAAGAUGUGAAUGGCAACAUCGCCCUUGACUAUGCAAUGGAAGGGACCGAGUCCAGUUGUAUCCUUCUGGCAUACCUGGAGGAAAAUGGUGUGGAACAAAAUUCGCUGUGCCAGAUGAAAAUUCAGAAAUCUACAUCAAUGCUUACAGAUGUCAGACAUCUUUUAUCAAGUGGAGGGACUGUGAAUCAGAAGAAUGACGAAGGAAUCACAUUGUUGCAUAUCGCUUGUGCAAAUGGAUACAAGGAUGUUGCGUCGCUCGUUCUGGAUCAUGGUGCCAAUGUCAACGUUGUGGAUAAUCAGUAUUGGACACCUCUGCAUUUGGCAGCAAAAUAUGGGCAGGCAAAUAUUGUGAAACUCCUCCUGACACAUCGGGCGAACCCCAGUCUGCUCAACUGUAAUGAUGAAAAGCCUUCCGAUGUUGCUGCCUCAGAGUUUAUUGAAGAGAUGUUGCUGGAUGUGGAAAGUGUCUGGCAAGAAAAGACUAAGGAUUCCCUUGCUGCUUUACAGCAGGAAGGACCAUAUGAAGAGAUCAUCCAUCAACUGCCAACACUCUCAAAUAAGCUCAACCCUUUGGCUUUGCCAAUUGCCAAACAAGACAGUUUGCUGGAAAGAGACACCAUGUUCAAAGACGUAGCUAAAGGUUCAUGGAAGCAGCAGCAACAAGACAACGCAUCCAAAAGCGUCACGGUGAACAGUGCAAUGAAAAUUGAACAGGUGAAGUUAAUGCCUCCGGCGCCAAAUGAUGACCUGGCUACUCUGAGCGAGCUGACAGACAGCAGUUUACUAUACGAAAUUCAGAAGCGCUUCAGUAACAAUCAGAUAUAUACCUACAUUGGAGAUAUACUGCUGCUUGUUAACCCAUUUAAAGAACUUCCCAUUUAUUCCCCAAUGGUCACCCAACUUUAUCUCAGCAACUCGGGGAGAAUCAGCUCCUCUCUUCCACCACACAUAUUUGCCUGUGCUGAAAGGGCCUUUCACCUACUCUUCCAAGAGAGGCGCCCGCAAUGCUUUAUCCUCAGUGGAGAAAGUGGUUCUGGCAAGACUGAAGCCUGCAAGCAAAUAGUAAGACACUUAACAUGUCGCUCCCAUUCUAGCCAGGAGAUAUUUGAGUCAAAGAUACAACAUGUAAACUGUAUUUUGGAGGCUUUUGGACAUGCCAAAUCAACCCUCAACGAUUUAUCAAGCUGCUUUAUAAGAUACUUCGAAAUACAAUUCUGCAUGAAGAAAAAAACAUUAAUGGGAGCCAGGAUUUAUUCAUAUAUGCUGGAGAAGUCUCGGGCUGUCAAGCAACCUCCCAGACAGAGCAAUUUUCUUGUCUUUUACUUGUUGAUGGAUGGCUUGUCCGCUGAGGAGAAGUACGGCCUGCGCCUGAGUAAUUUAUCUGCACAUAGAUAUCUGAACCAGACUGUGCUAGAAGAAAGCCCGUCAAUGGCAGCCACCCAAAACAGAGAGAAAUUCAUUGCCCUAAAACAAGCUUUGAGUGCCUUGGGAUUCAAUAAUCGAGAGGUGGAGAAUCUGUUUGUAAUUCUCUCAGCAAUUCUGCAUCUUGGAGACAUUCGGUUUACAACGUUGACAGAUGCUGAGACAGCAUUGGUGUCAGACCUGAAGCUACUGGAACAAGUCGCAGAAAUGCUGCAGGUCUCCCCAGAUGACCUCGCCUCAGCCUUAACCACAGAUGCACAAUAUUUUAAAGGCGACAUGAUAAUGAGGCGACACACGAUUGAGAUUGCCGAGUUCUACCGAGAUCUUCUGGCAAAGUCACUUUAUAGCCGUCUGUUUAGUUUUCUAGUAAAUACCAUCAACUUCUACCUCCAGAACCAAGAGGGGCACUGCAGUGACCAGGUGCUUCCAAUUGGAAUAUUGGAUAUCUUUGGUUUUCAAGAAUUCCCCGAGAACAAUUUUGAACAGCUGUGUGUCAACAUGACGAAUGAGAAACUUCACCAAUAUAUCCAUGAAGUGCUUUUCCUGCAGGAGCAAGCAGAUUGUAAACAAGAAGGGGUUACUAUGGAAACAGCAUAUGCUCCUACUAACAAUGCAGAGGUCCUGGAUUUCUUCCUUCAGAAACCUUCUGGGUUUUUGUCGAUGCUAGAUGAAGAGAGCCAGUCUGCCUGGUCAGGAGAAAAGAGUCUUUUGAAACGCCUCCAGUCCUACCUGGACACCUCCAGUGCCAAAUCUGUUUAUUCCUCCACCAAAGAUGGCAAUGGCAACAUCACCUCUAAAGAUCAAGGCCCUGCGUUCACUGUGAUACAUUUUGCGGGGCGGGUAACUUACGACGUUAUUGGCGCUAUUAAUAAAAACAAAGAUUCUCUGUCUCGAAGCCUUCUCUUUGUCAUGAAAACGAGUGAAAACGUGGUCCUCCAUCAACUCUUCCAAUCCAAGCUGACCCAGACGGGAUCCCUGGUCUCACCAUAUCAUUCUUUUAAGAUGAAGGGCUCCAAAGCGGCCUUGUUCAAUAGUAAAAACUCAGGAGCGUUCACAAGUAGAGAAGCAAAGAAAUACACGGAAAUCAGUAAACUGCUAAGAAAAAAAGGGACUUCCACGUUUCUUCAGCGUCUGGAACGAGGAGACCCCACCACUGUGGCAAUGCAGCUUAGGAAAUCGCUCACAGAGAUUGUUGGAAAGCUUCAGAACUGUACUGCCCACACGGUUCAUUGCAUCAAACCCAACCAUUCCAAGUCACCUGAUACUUUUGAUCAUUUUUACGUGUCUGCUCAGCUGCAAUACAUCGGGGUCUUAGAGAUGGUAAAAAUCAUACGUCAUGGCUACCCAGUUCGCCUCUCCUUUGCAGACUUCUUAUUAAGAUACAAGGAUUUGACCAAUAUGAUGUUGGGAGAGAAGAAAAAGAUGUCUGCUGAGGAGAAGUGCCGUGCAGUUCUCCAGCAAAGUAAUUUACAAGGAUGGCAGGUAGGAACCAGAAAGGUGUUUCUAAAAUACUGGCAAGCCGAACAUCUCAACGAUUUGUCCUUUCAGCUGCAGAAGAAAAUUAUAACCUGUCAAAAAGUCCUAAGGGGAUUUCUCGCACGACAGCGCUUGUUGCACAAGAGGAACGUCAAGCAGCAAGAGGUCUCUUCUGUCAAAAGUUUCCUGAGAGAGAUAGAAGAUUUCAGUCUCAAAGCUUACGAUACUUUGGUCAUUCAGAACGCGUUUGACAUUGCUCGGGAAAAUGACAGGAUCCGCAAGCAAACGACUACUGCUUACCUUAAGGAAAAGUUUGAGGUUUACACCAAACAGGAAGAAGAAGGCUUCAGAAGAGCCAGAGAACAAUGUGAAAAGAUGCCCGAGGAAAGUUGUACUGGUUGUCGAGUCCCGAAGCAUCUGUCACCCAGCUGGGUGCCCGUCCCCUUGGCAGUGGAGGGUCUGGUCCAGUCUGUGGUUACAGCAUCUAUACGCUCCCCCUCGGUACACUCAGUGCUCAGCAUCGAUGACUACAGUGGCCUGCAGUCACCACGGAAACAGCCUCCUCCUAAACCAAAGAGGGACCCAAAUACACGGCUCAGUGCGUCAUAUGAAGCAGUCUGUGCUUGCUUGUCGGCAGCCAAUGAAGGUAAUAAUGACUCACUAAGCCGUCCACGGCCGCACAGCGAUGAUUAUAGCACAAUGAAGAAGAUUCCUCCCCGAAAGCCAAAACGAAGCCCUAACACAAAGCUGAGCAGUUCUUUUGAAGAAAUCUCUGCCCCCAGACCUGGGAGUAUGAAGCAUUUGAACACAGCAGUGAAACCAGGUGAAGGACAGGAUGUUUUGCUGAUACAACGGACCUCUUCGGUAGACGGGCCACAUCACAACAUGUUGAGUUUCUGCAUGUCACGGGAGGAGGAAUGCCUCGAGCCUGUUUACAUUGAAAUGGUGGGGAACGUGACAAGGAGCCGUUCUGAAGAAGCAGACUGCCCCGAUCCAGGAGAGAGCAUCUACGAAGAGAUGAAAUACAUUCUGCCAGAAGAAGGGGAUGACAGAAAAAGAUUGGCUCCGGGAGUUACUGGCUGUCCUCCUCGGCUGUUGGAGAGCAAAACAGCAAUUUCAGCUGAACAACUUGAUGCAAAUGGCCAAGUGGCCUUCAGUCAGAAAGACUUCGGUGACAUUCCAGCACCUUUCCCCAAUUUACUCACUCACAGGCCCCCUCUCCUUAUAUUUCCUCCAACCCCUGUCACCUGCUCACCUGCUUCUGAUGAAUCACCCCUGACACCUCUGGAGGUGAAAAAACUCCCUGUCUUAGGAACAAACCUAAAGUAUCCUACGCAGUCCGAAGGCACAAGCCCCCUUUCGCCACAGUACUCUAAAAGCCAGAAGGGGGAGACUGAAAGGCCCCCCUCCCCUGGGUUAGCAGUAUUUAAUAUUUCAAGUAAAGUGACACCGCCUUCCACACCCCUUUCUCCUACUCCUCCGCCUCUCCCCGCUUGCUCGCCAUCUUCUGUGUCCUACCAGCCUUCCCCAGAUGUGACUUCUCUCCGAGAGACUUAUGCAACAUUGGCUAAUCCAGGGAAAAAGGGAACAAACUUGGAUAUGACAACAAUACCUCAAAGACCAAAUCCUGUCCCAGCUGGAAGUAACCCUUCCUCGGUCUCCAAGUUGCCUUACUUUCCAGUAAAGGUGCCAAGAGUAGAGCUGAAGAAACCAAAUGCCAAUUCGUCCUCUCCCCACCUGCACAGCCCCACAAACGCGAGGCCCUUUCUCAGCCCACUUGAUGAGCUGACUCUCUUAUUCAGCUCAGGACGGAGCGUGCUUCGGAAGACCGCUGCGGGGAGAAAGAUUAGAGACCUUGAAAGUAAUGAAGCCAAUCUGAAUGAGACAAGCAGGGAAGGCUCCAUCCCGGUGGAAAACGUAUCAGGAACCCGAGAUACAAAUGCAAACCACCCUGGAACCUCAGCGACUGAUCCACUGUCUGUCUCGGUAGCUGCGGAAAAUGGAAAUUCAGUCUUGAAUGGCUUACCGGAAGAAAACAAGUAUUCGAGGCUGGCAAGCGACAGUGAAACGAGCUCAUCAAUGCAAGUGCACAGAGAGAGUCACACCACUCAGGUUAUCCAUCAGCUCAGACUGUCAGAGAACGAGAGUGCUGCUCUACGGGAACUGCUAGACUGGCGCCGGAAGCUUUGCGAAGAACGAGAGGACUGGCAGGCCAUCCUGCACCAUACGAAGCAAAAUCUUGCGACUCCUCCCCCCUCCCCUUGCAAAAAGCCAAGCCUCUUGCAGAAGGCAGACGAGACGUCGUGCAACCAGCUGUCUUCCGGGAUCUGGGACACCACAAUGUGA